AUGCCUGAAUCUUUGCUCAUGGAACAACAGAAGGCCCAGAACCCACCAAAGGGUUUCUUCGAAAGGGCCACCCGCAAGCCUCACUUGGAAAGCUUGGAUGACUACUACAAAUUGUACAAGCAGUCGGUGGAAGACCCCUACACGUUUUUCGGAACCCAGGCGAAAAAACUCUUGUCGUGGUCAAGACCCUUUGACGAGACGCGUUACCCCAGAGAAACCACCAACGACUUUGUCAAUGGCGAUUUGCCUGCGUGGUUUGUUGGUGGCCAGUUGAACGCCUGCUACAACGCAGUUGACCGCUGGGCCAUCUCGCAACCAGACAAGCCUGCCAUCAUUUACGAAGGUGAUGAACCCUAUACCGGCUACACCAUCACCUACGGCGAGUUGUUGAAGCAAGUUUCCAAGUUGGCCCAGUGCCUUGUUCGCUUGGGCGUCAAGAAGGGCGACACCGUUGCCGUGUACAUGCCCAUGGUGCCAGAGGCCUUGGUGACGCUUUUGGCCAUUGUCCGUAUCGGUGCUGUUCACUCUGUGAUUUUCGCUGGAUUCUCCUCUACCUCGUUGAAGGACAGAAUCGUCAAUGCCGACUCAAGAAUUGUCAUCACUGCUGACGAGUCCAAGCGUGGCGGCAAGACCAUUGAGACCAAGAAGAUCGUCGACGAGGCCCUCAAGGACUUGCCCCAGGUGAGAAACGUGCUUGUGUUCAAGAGAACAGGUUCUACCCACGUGCCUUUCCACAGACCAAGAGACUUGUGGUGGCACGAGGAGCUUGACAAGUACGGCAACUACUUUCCUCCAGUGCCUUGCGACUCCGAGGACCCCUUGUUCUUGUUGUACACAUCGGGCUCCACAGGUAAGCCAAAGGGUGUCCAGCACAAUGUGGCUGGCUACUUGUUGGGCGCUGCUUUGACUGCGAAGUACACCUUUGACUUGCAUGAGGAUGACAUUCUCUUCACCGCCGGUGACAUUGGAUGGAUCACCGGGCACACCUACGUGGUUUACGGUCCUUUGCUCAACGGUGCUACCACCGUAGUGUUUGAAGGUACACCAGCAUACCCAGACUACUCCCGUUACUGGCAAGUGGUGGACAAGUACAAGGUGACCCAGUUCUACGUUGCCCCUACUGCUUUGCGUUUGUUGAAGAGGGCUGGCACCUCUUUCAUCGAGAAACACAAGUUGGACUCCAUAAGAGUGUUGGGUUCUGUUGGUGAGCCUAUUGCCGCCGAGGUGUGGCACUGGUACAACGACAACGUUGGCCGUGGCAAGGCCCACAUCGUCGACACUUAUUGGCAGACUGAGUCUGGCUCUCACUUGUUGACCCCAAUGGCUGGUGUCACCCCCACAAAGCCUGGUUCUGCUUCUUUGCCUUCCUUCGGUGUCACUGCUCACAUUUUGGACCCCAUCACUGGCGAAGAGUUGAAGGAAGACGGCGUGGAAGGUGUAUUAGCCAUCAAGGAUGCUUGGCCCUCGAUCGCCAGAGGAAUUUACAACGACUACGCCCGCUUUGUCGACACUUACUUCAGUGCCUACAAAGGCUACUACUUCACGGGUGAUGGUGCUGCUCGUGAUAAGGAUGGCUUCUUCUGGAUCUUGGGCCGUGUGGACGAUGUGGUCAAUGUUUCUGGCCACAGAUUGUCCACUGCCGAGAUCGAGGCUGCUCUCAUUGAGCAUCACAUGGUGGCUGAGAGUGCUGUUGUCGGUUACGCUGAUGAGUUGACGGGCCAGGCUGUCGCCGCCUAUGUUUCUUUGAAGUCGACCUUCAAACCUGAUGACAAGGAGACCGUUGAAAACGUGAAGAAGGAGUUGAUUUUGACUGUUCGCAAGGAGAUUGGCCCAUUUGCCGCCCCCAAGUUGAUCUUGUUGGUGGAUGACUUGCCCAAGACACGCUCAGGUAAGAUUAUGAGAAGAAUCUUGCGUAAGGUAUUGGCCGGAGAGGAAGACCAGUUGGGAGACAUUUCGACCUUGUCGAACCCCAGUGUGGUGUCACAGAUCAUCGAUGUUGUGAAACAGUCUAGAAGGUAA